AUGGACGGAAAUGCGCUUCAACAGCCUUCGACCGUCGGCGAUGGCUCCGGCUCGAUGUGGUCCCAACUCCUGAGCAAUCCAUUUUUCACUGCGGGCUUUGGCCUCGCUGGCCUGGGAGCUGCCGCGAGAUAUGGCUCGCGAGCACUCAGCAGCGCUGCCUCGCUCGUCAGACAUCGCAUGCUGGUCGAUCUGGAGAUAACGAGACAUGACAAAGCGUAUCCGUGGCUUCUCGGCUGGAUGACCAGGCAGUACCACAGUCAACUCGCCCGUCCUGCACACCGAAAGCGAGUCGGAAUCGUCGACAGCCUCAUCCAACGAUUCACACCCCGCCUCCAUCAUCUUCAAAUCGACACACAAGUCGUGAAGAGCGCUGCUGGUUCUGAUCAAACCACCUUCACCCUGGUGCCUGGACACGGAUCUCACAUCUUACGAUACAAGAAUGCCUUCAUCGCAGUCAGUCGCGAACGCGUGGAGCGCAGCCAGGAUUCCCAAGGGAGGCCGUUCGAGACUGUAAAACUGACCACCUUGUACCAUUACCGCCAUGUCUUUGAAGACAUUCUUCGGGAGUCGCAUGAAAUGGCGAAUCAAAGCGUUGAGGGCAAGACAGUGGUCUACACCUCUCACCGAAUGGGCUGGGAACCCUCCGGCGAGCCCAAACGACGAAGGCCUUUUCACUCCGUAGUGCUUGAGGAAGGCUUGGCAGAACGUAUCUUGCACGACAUUCGUGAGUUUCAAGAUGCAAGAACCUGGUAUCUGGACAGAGGCAUUCCAUAUCGACGCGGCUAUUUGCUCUAUGGACCUCCUGGAACGGGGAAAACCUCUUUCGUGCAAGCUCUUGCUGGUGAGAUGGACUUCAAUAUUGCUAUGCUCAGCCUGAGUCAGCGAGGUUUGACUGAUGAUCUGCUGAAUCAGCUUUUGGUUCAGGUCCCGCCUCGGACGAUUGUCCUGCUAGAGGACGCGGAUGCUGCAUUCAGCAAUCGUCAACAAGUCGACUCGGACGGAUACAGUGGGGCAAACGUGACCUACUCAGGACUUCUCAAUGCGCUAGAUGGAGUUGCCAGCGCUGAGGAGCGAAUCAUAUUCAUGACAACCAACCAUGUCGAUCGACUCGAUGAUGCCCUGAUCCGGCCUGGUCGCGUAGACAUGACUCUUCAUCUUGGGAAUGCCACCGAGCACCAAAUGGAACGUCUCUGGGAUCGUUUCUAUGCAGAGCAGGAUCCCGAUGGCAGUGGAAGACGACGCUUCAUCGAUGAAGCAAAGAGACAUGAUCUGGUCGGCAACGUCAGUACGGCCGCUCUACAAGGGCUGUUCGUCUACAACAAGGGCGAUGUGGAAGGUGCUAUCGCGAUGGUCGACCAGCUUGCUUCUCUCCGACCUGGUCAGCAGAAGUCACCCUAG